GCAAAUGCCAGCAUUAAGUGUGACCAGGCGUGCUGCUCCUCACUGCCUUGUCUCCCCACAGAUGUGUCCCCCGUGGUGGCCGGACUCAUCGGCGCCACCGUGCUGGUGGUUUCCGUCUCAGUCACAGUCUUUGUGUGGACAUGCUGUCACCAGCAAGCAGAAAAGAAGCACAAAACCCCCCCUUACAAAUUCAUCCACAUGCUGAAAGGCAUCAGCAUCUACCCGGAGACCUUGAGCAACAAGAAGAAAAUCAAGCGGAUCCGCCGAGACAAGAGCGGCACGGCCGCGGAGGGCGGCAGCGGGGGCAACCUCCUGCUGGACGCUGCCGAGGCCGGCUUGGGGGGCCCCAGCAAGGCUCCAGACGGACCCCCCCAGGUGGAGCAGCUCCCCAUCAAGGUGGAUUACGGAGAUGAACUCAGCCCAGAUCAAAGCCUCACGCCGGGAGGGAGCAAAACCUCCUCUCCCUCCUCGCCGGGCGACGACGUGAUGCUGGGAGAGCUGACUUUCUCCGUGGACUACAACUUCCCCAAAAAAGCCCUGGUGGUCACCAUCCAGGAGGCCCGCGGGCUGCCGGUGAUGGACGAGCACACGCAGAGCUCCGACCCUUACAUCAAGAUGACCAUUCUGCCCGACAAGAGGCACCGCGUCAAGACCCGCGUGCUGCGCAAGACCCUGGAGCCCGUUUUCGACGAGACCUUCACCUUCUACGGCAUCCCCUACAGCCAGCUGCAGGACCUGGUGCUGCACUUCCUGGUGCUCAGCUUCGACCGCUUCUCCCGCGACGACGUGAUCGGCGAGGUGAUGGUGCCCCUGGCAGGGGUGGAUCCCAGCACGGGCAAGGUGCAGCUCACCAGGGAGAUCCUCAAAAGGAACAUCCAGAAGUGCAUCAGCAGAGGGGAGCUGCAGGUGUCCCUGUCCUACCAGCCCGUGGCACAGAGGAUGACUGUGGUGGUGCUGAAGGCCAGGCAUUUGCCAAAGAUGGACAUCACUGGCCUCUCAGACCCCUACGUCAAGGUGAACGUGUACUACGGCCGCAAGCGCAUCGCCAAGAAGAAGACGCACGUCAAGAAGUGCACGCUGAACCCCGUGUUCAACGAGUCCUUCAGCUACGACAUCCCGGCCGAGCUGCUGCCCGACGUCAGCGUCGAGUUCCUGGUGAUCGACUUCGAGCGCACCACCAAGAACGAGGCCGUGGGGCGGCUGAUCCUGGGCGCGCACAGCGCCAGCGCCGCGGGCGCCGAGCACUGGCGCCAGGUGUGCGACGGCCCCGGCAAGAGCGUGGCCAAGUGGCACAGCCUGAGCGAGUACUAAAUGCCAACCCGGGAGGUGCCACGAGGUUGGGUUGGCGCUGGGACUGGAGUGGGGUUGA